GGGGCUUUCCUCUCCCUACCCCCAUCCCGACCCCAGCCCUAGCCUCUGGGGCAUCGUCUGCCCUUCGCCGUCGGCCCUCCGCCUAGCCGCGCACUUCCCGCCCUCCCACCUUCCUUUCGCCCUUCCACCAGACCUCCCUCGACGCCCGACAGCUGCUCUGGGUACUGUUUCCGGGUCAGGGUGACCUCUAGGGUGAGGAAACUGCGACUGGGAGCGGGACCCAGGCGUGCAGCAUUCGCCAUGCUCCGCUCACGCGUGGGAGACUGGGCUGUGGGGUACCGGCCCGGAAAGCACGCAGCCUCCAAAGCCGCCUUCCUCAGGGAAAUUUGCGUGACCUUACUGCCCUCCGUCUACAGGCCUUGUACCUCCCCAGGCCGAUUUUUCCACAAUUUAAACCCCAGUUCACCUGGUAUCCAGCUCCAGCAACUUAGAGCGUUUCACGUCACGCCGGGCGCCAGGCGUCGACUUGUAUAACCUGAAAACGCUCCUGUUUUUCUCAUCUGUGCAGUGGGUUUUGAUUCCCACCAUGGCCAUCACCCAGUUUCGGUUAUUUAAAUUUUGUACCUGCCUAGCAACAGUAUUCUCAUUCCUAAAGAGAUUAAUAUGCAGAUCUGGAAGAGGACGGAAAUUAAGUGGAGACCAAAUAACUUUGCCAACUACAGUUGAUUAUUCAUCAGUUCCUAAGCAGACAGAUGUUGAAGAGUGGACUUCCUGGGAUGAAGAUGCACCCACCAGUGUAAAGAUCGAAGGAGGGAAUGGGAAUGUGGCAACACAACAAAAUUCUUUGGAACAAUUGGAACCUGACUAUUUUAAGGACAUGACACCAACUAUUAGGAAAACUCAGAAAAUUGUUAUUAAGAAGAGAGAACCAUUGAAUUUUGGCAUCCCAGAUGGGAGCACAGGUUUCUCUAGUAGAUUAGCAGCUACACAAGAUCUGCCUUUUAUUCAUCAGUCUUCUGAAUUAGGUGACUUAGAUACCUGGCAGGAAAAUACCAAUGCAUGGGAAGAAGAAGAAGAUGCAGCCUGGCAAGCAGAAGAAGUUCUGAGACAGCAGAAACUAGCAGACAGAGAAAAGAGAGCAGCCGAACAACAAAGGAAGAAAAUGGAAAAGGAAGCACAACGGCUAAUGAAGAAGGAACAAAACAAAAUUGGUGUGAAACUUUCAUAACACAUGUUCUUCAAAUUUUAUCAUGCCAGUAGGAGAAAUCUCAGCUCUACAACCCAAGCAACAUUUGUAUGGAUUUAAGAGUAUUUUAAGAAUACACACUGCUUGAUUUUAAUACAUUGAUCAGGCCAUCCAGGACACCACGAUUCUCCCAAAGUACCUUGAACUCUUAGUAAUUGAGACUCAAAAAAACAAAAAAGACUUGAGACAAUGUUUUCUUCAACAUGCUCCAAAUAUAAGACAUUUGUUUGCUGUACAGAAAGUAUCACAAAUGGAAUAUAUCAGUACCUCUCAAGCUAGUGUUUCUAGCUAAAUAAAUGGGUGUAUAUAAUUUUAUGGUGGAAAAGAACUGUACUGUCUGUUAUGAUUUCCUUCAAUGUGCAUAAUGAUAAAAUAAAUAAUUUUAAUAUUCUUUUGUUUCCAUGGUUACCUGACCUAAAUUAGAUAAAUUGUAGGGCUUUAGCUUUCUUAUUUUUGUCAAAAGUUGGUGUUGACAUACAUUCCCUCUAAUUUGAACUGGUAUUGUUUACGUUUGAUACAACAUUAAGGAAUUUGAUGAUUUUCAUUUCAUGAAAAUGACAUUAAAUGCAAUAAUUUUACUUAUCAUAAA